AUGCUGCUCAGAUCCCAUCCUUUAAUUCCUUCUUUGGGCACCUCCAAUCCUUUACGGGCCCUAUUCUGCCCUGAAGAUGCAUCCAGCCCUGGCAUUCUCCAACUCCACACAGCUUCCAGAGAGAUGCCUUCAGCUCCAGGCCAGGAAAGCGCACUGAAGCCAUUCAGCGAUUUGCCAGGAAAUUGGAAAACCAGAUGGUUUAAUCUUUAUCAAUUCUGGAAGGACGAUGGUUUCCACAAUCUUCACAACAUCAUGGUGGACAAGUUUAAGACGUUUGGUCCUAUUUAUAGGGAGAAACUGGGCAGCUACGAGAGCAUCAACAUCAUUGAUCCCAAGGACGCCGCUAUCCUCUUCAAAUCCGAAGGGCUGUACCCGGAGAGAUUCACGGUGCCCCCUUGGAUCGCCUAUCGGGACUUCCGUAACAAGCCUUGCGGGGUUCUCCUCAAGAAAGGAGACAGCUGGCGCCAGGACCGCCUCGCCCUGAACAAGGAAGCCAUGUCCCUCAAAGUCACGGAUAACUUCAUACCUCUCCUGAACGAAGUGGGGGAGGAUUUUGUCAAGCGGAUGGAGAUAAAGGUUGGAAGCAGCCCUCAAGAUAAAUGGACAACUGACCUCACCCACGAGCUUUUCCGGUUUGCCUUGGAAUCUGUAUGCAAUGUCCUCUACGGCACCCGGUUGGGACUUCUUCAGGAUUUCAUUGACCCCGAGUCACAGAAAUUCAUUGAUGCCAUCACCUUGAUGUUUAAUUCCACUGCACCCAUGUUGUACAUACCACCAGAAUUUCUACGCAGGAUCAAUUCCAAGUUUUGGCAGGAUCACGUCAACGCUUGGGAUGUCAUCUUCAUGCAUGCUGACAAAUGUAUACAGAACAUCUACCAAGACCUCUGUUUCAACCAGAAGCAUGCCAAAGAGUACCGAGGCAUUCUCUGUAGUCUUUUGAUGCAGAACAAGAUGCCAAUAGAAGACAUCAAAGCCAGCAUAACUGAGAUGAUGGCAGGAGGGGUGGACACGACUUCCAUCACCCUCCAGUGGGCUCUGUAUGAACUCGCUCGGGCACCACACCUUCAGGAGCAACUGAGAUCCGAAAUCUCCGCAGCCAGAGCAUCUUCCCAGGGAGACGUCGUGAAGAUGAUGAAGUCGAUCCCGUUGAUCAAAGCAGCCAUCAAAGAAACACUAAGGCUCCAUCCAGUUGCAGUGACGUUACAGAGAUACACCACACAAGAGAUUGUCCUUCAAAAUUACUGUAUCCCUGCCAAUACAUUAGUCCAGGUGGGACUUUAUGCCAUGUUUCGGGAUUCCAGAUUUUUCUCCAAACCUCUGCAGUUCAACCCAGAAAGGUGGAUUAAGACUGAGGAGUCCAAAUAUUUCAGAGCAUUAAGUUUCGGCUUUGGGCCACGUCAGUGUCUUGGCCGCAGAAUUGCCGAGAUGGAGAUGCAGCUGUUUUUGAUCCAUAUGCUGGAAAAAUUCAAGAUCGAAAUAAAGAGAGGCGUGGAGGUUGGUACCACUUUUGGCCUUAUCCUGAUUCCAGACAAACCAAUCCAUCUGACGUUACGGCCUCAUCAUUCCCAUUAA